CAGGAGGAUUGGCUAAUUCUCAACCUACAACUGAAGGUGCUAAGAUGGCCAUUGAUAGGCACAAAGGGUGCUCUCUGCUUCCAGGCUCCAUUGCCAGAUCUUGGAGUGAAAUUGAACAUAAUAGUUUUCUCCUUGGUCUAUACAUCUUUGGAAAAAAUUUUCUCCCCGUGAAACGAUUCAUGGAAAGCAAAAAGAUGGGUGAUAUACUUUCCUUCUAUUAUGGAGAGUUCUAUCAAUCUGAUGCAUACCGUCGAUGGUCAGAGUGCCGGAAGAUGAAAAGUAGGCGGUGUAUACAUGGACAGAGGAUUUUCACAGGGUGGAGGCAACAAGAGUUACUUUCACGUUUAUUUUCUGAGGUGUCAGAACAGUGCAAAAAUAGGCUGGUGGAGGUCUCCAGGGCUUAUGGGGAGGGAAAAUUUUUGCUUGAAGAAUAUGUAUUCGUUUUAAAGGAUGCAGUUGGGAUCCAUCUGCUUAUAGAAGCAGUUGGAAUUGGCCAAGGGAAGCAAGAUCUCACUGGCAUUGCCAUGGAACCUAUAAAAACCCAUCGUGUUUUUUCUCUUCGUCCUGAGAUACCAAUUGGAAAAGCAUGCUCCUUGCUUACGUCCAGGGAGAUCAUCAAAUUUCUUACUGGAGAUUUUCGGUUAAGCAAAGCCCGAUCUAGUGAUCUCUUCUGGGAAGCUGUUUGGCCCCGUCUUUUAGCAAAAGGAUGGCACUCCGAACAGCCUAAUGAUCAGGGUACUUCUGGUUCAAAGCAUCCUUUGGUUUUUCUCAUACCUGGCAUUAAGAAGUUCUCGAGGAAGAAACUUGUGAAAGGAAACCAUUACUUUGAUUCUGUCAGCGAUAUCCUGACUAAAGUUGUUUCAGACCCUGGGCUACUUGAGCUAGAAAUUGAAGCAACUAAAGGCAGUGAAAACAAAGAAGAAUACAGGUGGGAUGCACAGAUAGAAGAGGACACAGAUGAUUUGUCAAAUCAGAAACGCCAUUGUUAUCUUCAGCCACGAACUUCCACUUGUUAUCAAGAUCUAAUGAAGUUUACAAUUGUUGAUACUAGUUCUGUUCAUGGAGAAGAACAAGCUAAGAUGAUAGCACUGAAAAGCUUACCUAUUGACACUACAGAUAUAUUCACUCACCCUAGUCUUUUUAAUGAAACUGAACAAAAUACACCUGAAGAAUAUGAAGAUGAAACAGAGGUAACUAAUGCUUCAGUUUCAGAAAAAAAUUUACCUGAUCGGGGAGCAUGUGCCAACUCACCGGAGCAUGUAAGCAGCAUUCUGAAUAGUGGUGUUCCUAAUGAACCGUGCUUGACAACAGUAGCAGUAGCAAGUCAUGAAGGUCAGAAAGACAGUGUAUUCAAUGAGAAGCGGUUGAGGAAGACCACAGACUAUGAAUUCAGCCAGAAGGUGAAGUCUGUCCAUUCAAAUCUUUUAGCCCCAGUGCCGAAAAGGCCACGGUUAAUUGUUUGUGGGAAUGGAGAGUCAAGCCGCAAGAUUGAAAAACUACCUGCUGACAGCAAGGCAAAGGAAGAGAAGUCCCAUUGCCGGUCAAACCCACCUGGUGCAUGUGAGAAAAUGGUUGUUCAAGUGGUCCUUACUCAAAAUCUAUCAUCUGCCAGUAGUUCUGCUAAGGGAAGUCCAGAUGAGAGCAAUGAAGGCACUCGCGGUGAGAGCUGUCCAAGAACACAACCAUCUCUUGAGAAACCUGAGCCCCGUCAACUGAUUGACUUGAAUGUACUUCCAAGUAUGCCGCCUGAGCUUGCAGUUUAUGAACCCCUCACCAUGCAAACAGUGGCUAACCAUGGUAACUUGGGUGCAAAUGAGUCAUCUGUCCUACCUGAAACAAGCCAGCAGCCCGAGCCCCCAAAACUCUUGGAUGGCAAGGACAGUAAAGAACAGCAGUCUAUGAUGAAUGGCAGGAGGCAUAGUACAAGGAACCGCCCAUUGUCCACAAAAGCAUUGGAGGCUCUUGCAAGCGGAUUCUUCAACACAACUAGGAAGAGAAGGGGUGCGGAAGCCUUACAACAAAAAAACUCAACACCAAAGUCUUCUCGACAGGUUCGUGGCAGGACUGCUGCUAGUGGAACUCUGAAUAAUGAUGCUGGAAAUAAUACUGCAGACUUCAGGAUAGAGAAGGGAAGGUUGGAUGGAGCCUCCAGUAGUAAUGCCAAGGUGGUGGAUGAGUCUCAGGAGUGAUCUGAGAGGACAUAGGGCCCAUUCGCCAGGAGUUUUUAGACCUUGCUUAUCAUCAAAGUUCUGUUCCUAUUCAAUAUCCUGGUCACUAGAAUCUGGAGAUCCCUCCUUGUUCUAAAUGCUUCUGUGAAAAAUAAAAAGAUUGCAGCAAUCUUCUUAGGUCUUCAAACAAGUUGCAGAACACACACAUAAUGUUGGUGGAACAAACCGGAUGAUGCAGUCAUAAAUGCUAGAUGAAGCACCCUUGCGGUGCUGAAGCUUAGGAAGGAGAGGUGGAGAGAUAUUUCAUUUAAUUGUAGUUGUUUUAUUUUCAGAGCUGGAUAAUUUCACACAUCCUGUUGCAGAAAUGCUGGUUGAGUUUUGGCUAGAAAAGGCUUCGAGUCCCUUACCAAUCUUGAUGGCAAUGCAGAAAACAGUGUUUCAAGUUCUCAGUUUAGGACUGAAACUCUGUGGCCUUAUCAUCUAAAGGUGAAUAUCCAUGAUUAUCAUCCUGUUCUAAUAAGUGGAGUUUUUCUCCUGUGAAUUUUGAGGAUUUCCCCAUCAAUAAUAAAUAGAUGUACUAGUUAGGUUUUUUUGUGUCAUUUGGAAA